CUAAACAGCCCUCCACGCCCUGCAGUCUCGCUCUCUCUCUGGGAAGUUUCACUGCAUUCCUACCACACACACACAAACACAUGUAUGCAUAGAGAUCUGGGAGGAACCCCACACUGAGGCUGGGAGUUUGGAGGGGGCCUGCAGUCGGACGGGACACCCAAGGUUCAUCAUCAACGCCCUGCCAGUCCCUCCACGAUGAAGGCCGGCGAGGAUGAGGGAGGGCCUGUGUGCUGGAAGGGGUCGGAGGUCAAACCUGCAGGGGGAUCUCUGCUGAGCAGACUGAGCGCCACGGUCUCGGCCCCCGGCUGGAGCAAAGUCAGCUGCCCCUGCUGCAUGUCCGAGCGGGUGGAGCCCCUGGUGAUGGUGCAGCUGAGGGCCGAUGUCGGCCCCGAGACCAAGCGGUGGCUCCUCAGGCUGAUCGGAGCCUCUCAGAAAGACGGAGGCGCUGGGUUACUGGCUCAUCCGGGCGAAGACGCCACUGGAGACAUCAUCGUGGUCUCGGCCCCUCGCUGCACGUUACUCCGAGCGACUGAGGAGCUGGGGCUUUGCAAAACCUACCAGAAUGGAGAGAUGGAGGCUUUUUCUUACAAUGACAGGGACAACUUUAAAGAUUCAGAGAACAUGGAGGAGUUCCUGACGCUGGCGGAGCGGCAGUACAUGGUGAAGUACGAGCUGGACGGCCUGCGAGCGCAGAGGGACCUGAGGAUACCCGGCCUGCCCGACAGCUGCACGCUGCACAAACGGGACAAUAUCUGGCAGAAGCUCGGGUCGGUUGGUGUGAUCGUGGACACGUUUCCUCUCCACAACACCGGUCAGCUGACGGAUCUCAGUAAAGCCUGGUACUCAGGGAACCAGCUGGCUCAGCCGCUUGAUUCAGUCAACAGGUAUUUCGGGAGCUCAGUGGCUUUCUACUUCAGCUUCCUUGAUUUCUACACCUGGUCGCUGCUCCCUCCUGCUCUGCUGGGCCUUCUGAUCACGUACUUUUCAGCUUCGGUGCAGAAGGAGGUGGUGGAGUCGGUCUCGGGCUCGCAGGGCUCUGGCGAUCAGGACGACUCCGGACCGGGGGUCAGCGGCCACAUGCUGCAGGCCGUCUUCAGCAUGCUCUGGUCCACCGUGUUCAUGGAGCUGUGGAAGCGCCGGAGCGCCUCCCUCUCGUAUCGCUGGGGGACGCUUCAUCUGGCCGAGCGCUUCGCCGAGCCACGACCGGGUUUCCACGGCGACCUGGGUGUCAACCCGGUGACGGGCCGCGUGGAGCCGCUGUUCCCCGAAUGGCAGCGGGACCUGCGAAUGGCCGUGGUGUCGGUGCCGGUGGUGGGGCUGUUCCUAGGACUGGUGGUGUUUGGGAUGACGGGGUUCUACUGGGGGGAGGCCUUGGCGCAGCAGCUCACUGAAGACUGGGGCUCCCUGCUGUCUCAGACUUUGCUCUUCCUGCCGUCAAUCCUUCACAUCGUCUACACCAACAUGCUGGCAACUGCUUACAGGAAAGUGGCCCAAUUUCUGACCGAAUUUGAGAACCACAGAGAGGAGUCAGCCUUCCAAAACCACCUGACGGCCAAAGUCUUGGUGUUCACGUUCUUCAACUACUUCGCAGUACUCUUCCACAUCGCUUUCUUCAAGCAGGACGUCCCGCUGCUUCGCAAGCGACUGUCGUCUUUGCUGAUCAUUACUCAGCUGAUAAACCAGGUGACGGAGGUGGUCAUACCUUUCCUGGUGGACAGAUUCAUCAGUGCGCCCCACAGGACGGAGAGAGAAGACGACCCACAGGAGGACAAGUUCAGGAACCAGGGCAAGCUGCCUCCUUUUCCUGGUCUCUUUGGAGAAUACAUCGAGCUCCUGGUGCAGUUUGGCUACUUGAGCCUUUUCUCCUGCGUCUUCCCCCUGACGGCCGUGCUGCUGCUCCUCAACAACCUGACCGAGAUCCGAUCGGACGCCUACAAGAUCUGCAAACUCUUCCGCAAGCCCUUCUGUCCCCCCGUUGCGAACAUGGGCGUGUGGCAGAUCGCCUUCGAGGUCCUGAGUUUCGUCUCCGUCGUGUCGAACUGCUGGCUGCUGCUGCUGUCGCCACAGCUCCAGAGGAUGGGUGAGGAGGGCGGGAUGAGCGGCACAAACCUGCUGCUGGCGGCUGUCCUUGUGGAGCAUGUGCUGAUUUUCAUCAAGAUCAUCAUGUCCGUGCUGAUCCCUGAUGAACCGGACUGGAUCAGGAAAAAGAGGGAGCACAUCGAGUACUCGUCCAUGCAGGCCCUGAGACAGCAGAAGCUGCACACAGAAGAAUCCUAAUUCCAAGGCGUUGAGGCGCUAGCUUUGUGUCAUCGUGCAAACCCGAGAGGAGAAAAAGUCCCGUGCUGCUCACCACUCUGCUUCUGGGAACCUUUAAAGUAUUCUUGCUACUGUUCUCACUAUUUAACUCAAUGCUUCUGCAGUGCAACCACAUGUUACACCAACACUGCAGCAGCAGUUAACAAGUGUUGAUGCUUUCAGGGAAUGUAGGAAGCCCUUUUUAAACAGUAUUUGAUGAUCAAGGAAGAUUUCCUGCAGUGUACAAUCAGUAUGCAGUCAGGGAUGAAGACAACCUUGGAAUGUAUGUGAGUGAGGAGGCCAAAGAAUACCUUGAUUUAUGGUGUGUUUCUGCUGGUGUGUGCUGCCACCUGGUGUUAAACUACAGCGAUUAUUCAGGAUCGAUUACAGGAAAAAAACAGCUUUAAAAGGUGUUUUAUGUGAUUACCAUGUGAUUAGAUUAUAAGCAAAACGAGUCAUGAUGUGACCGACAAGACUUUAUUGCGAUGUGCUCUUAAUUACUAUCAAAAUGACCACGUUUCCCAGCUGUCCUCAGACCGUUCUGUCUCGCAGUACCAGUUUGGACCACAAGGUGGAGUGUUGAGUCACUCAGAGGCGUAGCAGUGGGACCAGUUAACUAAAGCUUUUACACUGUGAUGUUGUUUCCUGAUAAACAACUAAAACCCCAAAAAGAGCUGAAACUCAAUGAAGUGACUCAACAGCGCCACCCACUUUACAACUGAGGCAUUAUUCAAACUUCACAUUGUGACCCUUUAAAACCAUUUGUGACGCAGGUAAAGUUAAAUGCAUUUUCGAUAUAUUGUAGACUAAAAAUUAUGAUUUGCAUCGUACUUUUCACCAAGAUCACAGUCAGAACACAAAAAAAUAAUCUAAAGUCAAAUCUUCUGAAGACAGGCCUAAAUUUUAAAAGAAAUAUUACAGUUAGAAUUGAAAAAAAAAAAAAAAAAAACUUUUAAAAUAACCUGAAGCACUUUAACAUGUUAGGAGCUUGAACUCCAUUAUACUUUAAAUUUAAUGACCUAUUAGAUAAUUCAAGGAAUUUAACAGGCAGAUCUUUUUUUUUAGACCAAUUAUAUCUGGCCAUAAAAAACAAAUUAAAAACAGAAUGUGUAUAUAUUGAUAUGGUGCCAGCUGAGCCCAGUGUUGAGUCCGUAUUGAUUCAAUAAGUAUCAAACAAAUAUAGUUAUAUACUUUACUGUAUACCAAACUGUUAAAUGCUGAAAUCGCCUGGUUUCCAAGAGAAAGAAUAAGAGAGAUGUUGGAUAUAAUCUACACACAAAAAGUAGGGAAAUUAAUCCAGUUUUCUCAUUGUUUUAGGAUUUUUAUCUUAUACCAGUGGAAACAUGUAUAUGAAGAUAACAUUAAGCUGAUGUGGUAAAAGACACAAGCUUUUUUAAAUCAUAGGAAUAAACAGACAAACAAACAAACUCACUGAAGUGAAUUGGGGCCAAAAAACUGAACACAAACUAACUUUUAUCGAAUAAUAGAAAGUACAUAACAAAUACUAACGUCUUCACAUGAAAACGGAUGAGAAACUGCAUGGAAGCAUUGAUGUUUUGGUAAAAUCCUGCACAUUUAAAGAGAAACAGAGUUUCAAAUGAUAUCACAUUUAUCCCCAAGGAAAAAAUAAUCAAAACACAAGUGUCCUAGUUUUUUCUGUUCGUUUGGUGAGACUGUUUGUCCUGAUAUGAACACGUGGAAGGUGUAUUUUGUGUCAGAUGUCAGUUUGUGUUGGAAACAUUUAGAAAGGAUUGAGUCUAAGGGAAGACGGGGGAUCAGAUUCUUCAGGUGUGGAGCUGGUUUUUUUUAAUCUCCUGACAAGAGAAACCAAAGAAUGUCCUUAAUGGUUUCAAUUGUGCCUUUUUUUAAUUAUUGUGUGUGAGUUUGAAUUGACCCUCCAAUGCUGAGUUUACCAUUUCUCCCUCCGCCUGUGAUGUAUUUAUUUCUUACAUAAGUUAUUUUUCUUAGAAGUAGGGAGAUUCUCCAGCCACCAGGGGGCGUCACACACUUUGACAUCUGUCUGCACUCCAGCUGUUUCAUGUUCUCUGCUGGAUGCAGGGCAGCUGAUUCAGCAGCAAAGGUACAGAUUGAUGUGGAAGCGUCAUUCACUGACCUAUGACCUCUGAGUGCGUGUGUGUGUGUGUUUGUGUACGUGUGUGGAAAUGUGUGUUUUGUGUUUGUUUGAGAAGUGGUAAUGAAGAUGCUUCUGUUGACAAUCAGGUGCUUGGAUCAGGAUUUGAAGCAGACAUAAAUAAACUCACAGAAUCAA